UAUUGGAAAAAAUGGAGAAUAAUAUGUAUGAUAAUAAUAAUAAUAAUGUGUUACCACCAGGAUAUAGAUUUUAUCCAACAGAAGAAGAAUUGGUGGAAUUUUAUUUAAGAAAUAAGCUUGAUGGAAAAAGAGAUGAUAUUCAACGUGUUAUACCAGUUGUUAAUAUUUAUCAUCAUAAUCCAUCUGAACUUCCAGAAAUGGCAGGAGAAGUGAUUAAACAUGACACUGAGCAAUGGUUUUUCUUCAUUCCAAUUCAAGAUAGGGAAGCAAGAGGAGGAAGACCUACUAGACUUACCACACAAGGAUAUUGGAAAGCUACUGGUACUCCUGGUUUUGUAUAUUCAUCAAACAAUAAUAGAAUUAUUGGAGGCAAAAGAACAAUGGUUUUCUAUAAAGGAAGAGCUCCAAAUGGGAAUAAAACACAAUGGAAGAUGAAUGAGUAUAAAGCUAGUACUCAUGGAGAACCUUCACUAACCAAUAAUCAUAUCACAAAUUUAAAGUUACAACAUGAAUUCAGCUUGUGCAGAGUUUACAAGAAAUCAAAAUGUGUUAGGGCAUUUGAUAGAAGGCCAGCUGGUUCUGGAUUAUUAUUACCCCCUAAUCAACCACUAAUUAAUAAUAAUAAUAAUAUUAAUAAAGCUCUUGCUUUGAUUACAUUUUUUCAGUCAAGAAUUUACCCGAAACAAUAUUUUUAG